GUCAGUAGGGAAUUGACGUCUACGCUACGCCACACGGCUCACGUGCAAGGCCUGCACAUGGCAGCGGAUGGGUACGUCACCGUAGGCACCAUCCUUUCGCUCGACCUCUACGCUGGGCUGAAACUUCCAAGAAGCACUGCGGAACAAGAU